AUGGCUGAACGAACCCCCAAUAUCCGUGCGGAGGUAGAUCUGAUGAUAUUGGACUACCUCGUCUGUCUGGCCGUUAGCCGACUUCUUGCCGUGGUCGGAAAUUCCCACAUGUUCUCAGAUGUGGAAUGGCUCGUGCAAUCCGUUGAGACGUUCCACUCCAUAAUCGAGGGCCACCAACUCGAAUAUGCCCUCCCCUCGGAUCUCGACCUCAAACUGCAGAUCUUCCAUAUCGUCAAUUCGUAUUGCCGCUACACGCCCCCUAGUGAUUGCCGCCAUCUCCUCAAUUUCACGCCUUUGUCCCACAUCGCGGUUGAAUUUAUGCAAUUCUGCUAUGCCUCGAUUGAACAUGUCUCCAGGACGCGCUGGUUUGAUCUCGGUGCCCAUAUCAUGGCGCAUGCGAUUUUGGAGGAAAAGGACCGCUUCCCGGAGCCUCUCCGCAGGCUUUGUUCCUGGACAACCGACGACGACGAGCUGAACGCCUACUGGGAGGUCAGUUGUGGAAUGUUUCUCGAGCAUAUUCCACCCCCAUAUGGAACCGCUGCCCCAGCAAGCCGAGAAGAGCUAGAUCGGAUUUUUGACGUCCAGCUACUGCACGACCGUUUUACUGGGUUCGUCGAGGAUCUCAUGGAGGUCUUGGAUGCACCUCUCCUUGUACAACUGGAGCAGGGUCAGCUGAUCGGGUUGACCCGCGAAGAAACACAGCGGGUGAUUGAAGCUUGCCGAUUCUGA